AUGGCGUUUACUCUUCAAAAUGAACUUACUUUUUUCCAUUUUCUCCUCUCUUUUAUCGUUGGAACGAUGACUUUCAUGUUCUUCCUUUUUUUCCUGCGCAAGAGGCAGCGCCUUUUUGAGGCCGCGCCAAGAAACAUCUUUGUUCCGCGCGCCUACACACUGGAGGAGUUGAGCGAAUACGAUGGAGUCAAGAAGCCGCUGGCAUUUGUCGGCGUGCGUGGGGUUAUUUACAGCUGCUCGAUGGAUUUCUAUGGCCCCAAGGGACCGUACAACGCCUUUUCGGGUCGUGAUAGCUCGCGGCAUUUAGGCAAAGUGACGGUGGGGCGGGAGGAAGCAAACGCGGAUUGGACGACGCUCUCUGCGAGCCACAUCGCGACGCUAAACGGAUGGGAUGAACUGCUGCGCAGCAAGUACGUGCCAGUGGGGUGGAUCAUUCCCUCUGAGGAUUUUACAAAACGAGCGGAGGCAUUUGAGGCGUAG